UGCCGGUGAACGGGACAGAUAGGCUGGGGACGCCCGGGGAGCGGCAGAGAGUCUCGACGCGGGAGAUAGAGUCCCGGCAAGGGGUCCCGCGCGGAGGCGGGGGCGGGCGCUGAAGGGCGGGGCGGGGAGGGGCGGCCGUCUCGGCCCUCCCUGGCGGGGCCCCGCGGCCUGGAAGCCGGAGCGGGCCGAGCAGCCACCGCGGCCGGAGCUGUCCCUUAGCCAGACCCGGCGAGACACGAGCGGCGGGAGGGAGGCGGUGGCGCGCCCGGCCCCGCCCGCCCGACCAAGCGUCGGACGCGGCCCGGCGCCGAGCCAUGGAGCCUGAGCCAGUGGAGGACUGUGUGCAGAGCACUCUCGCCGCCCUGUAUCCACCCUUUGAGGCAACAGCCCCCACCCUGUUGGGCCAGGUGUUCCAGGUGGUGGAGAGGACUUAUCGGGAGGACGCACUGAGGUACACGCUGGACUUCCUGGUACCAGCCAAGCACCUGCUUGCCAAGGUCCAGCAGGAAGCCUGUGCCCAAUACAGUGGAUUCCUCUUCUUCCAUGAGGGGUGGCCGCUCUGCCUGCAUGAACAGGUGGUGGUGCAGCUAGCAGCCUUACCCUGGCAACUGCUGCGCCCAGGAGACUUCUAUCUGCAAGUGGUGCCCUCAGCUGCCCAAGCACCACGACUAGCACUCAAGUGUCUGGCCCCUGGGGGUGGGCGGGUGCAGGAGAUUCCUGUGCCCAAUGAGGCCUGUGCCUACCUAUUCACACCUGAGUGGCUACAAGGCAUCAACAAGGACCGGCCAACAGGUCGCCUCAGUACCUGCCUACUGUCUGCGCCCUCAGGGAUUCAGCGGCUGCCCUGGGCUGAGCUCAUCUGCCCACGAUUUGUGCACAAAGAGGGCCUCAUGGUCGGACAUCAGCCAAGUACGCUGCCCCCAGAACUGCCCUCUGGACCUCCAGGGCUUCCCAGCCCUCCACUUCCUGAGGAGGCGCUGGGUACCCGGAGUCCUGGGGAUGGGCACAAUGCCCCUGUGGAAGGACCUGAGGGCGAGUACGUGGAGCUGUUGGAGGUGACGCUGCCUGUGAGGGGGAGCCCAGCAGAUGCUGAAGGCUCCCCGGGCCUCUCCAGAGUACGGACAGUACCCACUCGCAAGGGUGCUGGAGGGAAGGGCCGCCACCGGAGACACCGGGCGUGGGUGCACCAGAAGGGCCUGGGACCUCGGGACCAGGAUGGAGCACGCCCACCCGGCGAGGGGAGCAGCACUGGAGCCUCCCCUGAGUCUCCCUCAGGAGCUGAGGCUGUCCCCGAGGCAGUAGUCUUAGAGGUGUCUGAGCCCCCAGCAGAGGCCGUGGGAGAAGCCUCUGAAUCUUGCCCCCUGAGGCCAGGGGAGCUUAGAGGAGGAGGAGGAGGAGGUGGCCAGGGGGCUGAAGGACCACCUGGUACCCCUCGGAGAACAGGCAAAGGAAACAGAAGAAAGAAGCGAGCUGCAGGCAGAGGGGCUCUUAGUCGAGGAGGGGACAGUGCCCCACUGAGCCCUGGGGACAAGGAAGAGGCCAGCCACCAAGAAGCCCUUGGCAAUCUGCCCUCACCAAGUGAGCACAAGCUUUCAGAAUGCAGCCUGGUUAAGGAGGAAUAUGAAGGCUCAGGGAAGCCAGAAUCUGAGCCCAAAGAGUUCAAAACAGCAGGCGAAAAAGAGCCUCAGCCCUCUGAAGCCUGUGGGCCUACAGAAGAGAGUGCCAGAGAGCGAGAGCAGGAGAGGCCAGGCCUGGUGUGUAUGGCAGGACACGCAGGCCCAGAAGGCCUCCUGUCUGACACUCCAACACCUCUGCUGGAGACUGUGCAGGAAGGAAAAGGGGACAGCAUUCCAGAAGAGGCCCUUCCAGUCUCCAUCUCUGAUGACCCUGAUGUGGCUUGGGACUUGAUGGCAUCUGGAUUCCUCAUCCUGACAGGUCAGUGGGCAUCAGUGGGUGAAGGGAAAAAGGACUGGGAAAGAGAAGCAAUUGGGUGGGCUUGGGGACUGGGGGAGGCAGGGUGGAAGGGAGGUAGGUUGGACUGCUCCCAGCCAGGACAGCCUGGCCGUUUUGUGUCUUCAGGAGGGGUGGACCAGAGUGGGCGAGCUCUGCUGACCAUUACCCCACCGUGCCCUCCUGAGGAGCCCCCACCCUCCCGAGACACGCUGAACACAACUCUUCAUUACCUCCACUCACUGCUCAGGCCUGAUCUACAGACACUGGGGCUCUCCGUCCUGCUGGACCUUCGCCAGGCACCUUCACUGCCUCCAGCACUCAUUACUGUCUUGAGCCAACUUCAGGACUCAGGAGAUCCUCCCCUCGUUCAGCGGCUGCUGAUUCUCACUCAUGAUGACCUUCCAACUGAACUCUGUGGAUUUCAGGGUGCUGAGGUGCUGUCAGAGAAUGAUCUGAAAAGAGUGACCAAGCCAGAGGAGCUGCAGUGGGAGUUAGGAGGUCACAGAGACCCCUCUCCCAGUCACUGGGUAGAGAUACACCAGGAAGUGGUAAGGCUAUGCCGCCUGUGCCAAGGUGUGCUGGGCUCGGUACGGCAGGCCAUUGAGGAACUGAAGGGAGCAGCAGAGCCAGAGGAAGAGGAGGCAGUGGGAAUGCCCAAGCCCCUGCAGAAGGUCCUGGCAGAUCCCCGGCUGACGGCACUGCAGAGGGAUGGGGGGGCCAUCCUGAUGAGGCUGCGCUCCACUCACAGCAGCAAACUGGAGGGCCAAGGCCCAGCUACACUGUAUCAGGAAGUGGACGAGGCCAUUCACCAGCUCGUGCGCCUCUCCAACCUGCACGUGCAGCAUCAAGAGCAGCGGCAGUGCCUGCGGCGACUCCAGCAGGUGUUGCAGUGGCUCUCGGGCCCAGGGGAGGAGCAGCUGGCAAGCUUUGCUAUGCCCGGGGACACCUUGUCUGCCCUGCAGGAGACAGAGCUGCGAUUCCGGGCUUUCAGCGCUGAGGUCCAGGAGCGCCUGGCCCAGGCACGGGAGGCCCUGGCUCUGGAGGAGAAUGCCACCUCCCAGAAGGUGCUGGAUAUCUUUGAACAGCGGCUGGAGCAGGUUGAGAGUGGCCUCCAUCGGGCCCUGCGGCUACAGCGCUUCUUCCAGCAGGCACAUGAAUGGGUGGAUGAGGGCUUUGCUCGACUGGCAGGAGCUGGGCCGGGUCGGGAGGCUGUGCUGGCUGCACUGGCCCUACGGCGGGCCCCAGAGCCCAGUGCCGGCACCUUCCAGGAGAUGCGGGCCCUGGCCCUGGACCUGGGCAACCCAGCAGCCCUGCGAGAAUGGGGCCGCUGCCGGGCCCGCUGCCAAGAGCUGGAGAGGAGGAUUCAGCAACACCUGGGAGAGGAGGCGAGCCCACGGGGCUACCGACGACGGCGGGCAGACAGUGCCAGCAGUGGAGGGGCCCAGUGGGGCCCCCACAGCCCCUCACCCAGCCUCAGCUCCUUGCUGCUCCCCAGCAGCCCUGGGCCACGGGCAGCCCCAUCUCAUUGCUCCUUGGCCCCAUGUGGAGAGGACUAUGAGGAGGAAGGCCCUGAGCUGGCUCCAGAAGCAGAGGGCAGGCCCCCAAGGGCUGUGCUGAUUCGAGGCCUGGAGGUCACCAGCACUGAGGUGGUAGACAGGACGUGCUCACCGCGGGAACACGUGCUGCUGGGCCGGGCUGGGGGACCAGACGGACCCUGGGGAGUAGGCACCCCCCGGAUGGAGCGCAAGCGAAGCAUCAGUGCCCAGCAGCGUCUGGUGUCUGAGCUGAUUGCCUGUGAACAAGACUACGUGGCCACCUUGAGUGAGCCAGUGCCACCCCCUGGGCCUGAGCUGACUCCUGAACUUCGGGGCACUUGGGCUGCUGCCCUGAGUGCCAGGGAAAGGCUUCGCAGCUUCCACCGGACACACUUUCUGCGGGAGCUUCAGGGCUGCGCCACCCACCCCCUACGCAUUGGGGCCUGCUUCCUUCGCCAUGGGGACCAGUUCAGCCUUUAUGCACAAUACGUGAAGCACCGACACAAACUGGAGAAUGGUCUGGCUGUGCUCAGUCCCUCAAGCAAGGGCUCCAUGGAGGCUGGACCUUACCUGCCCCGGGCCCUGCAGCAGCCUCUGGAACAGCUGGCUCGGUAUGGGCGGCUCCUGGAGGAGCUCCUGAGGGAAGCUGGGCCUGAGCUGAGUUCUGAGCGCCAGGCCCUUGGGGCUGCUGUACAGCUGCUCCGGGAACAAGAGGCCCGUGGCAGAGACCUGCUGGCUGUGGAGGCGGUGCGUGGCUGUGAGAUAGAUCUGAAGGAGCAGGGACAGCUCUUGCAUCGAGACCCCUUCACUGUCAUCUGUGGCCGAAAGAAGUGCCUUCGCCAUGUCUUUCUCUUUGAGCAUCUCCUCCUGUUCAGCAAGCUCAAGGGCCCUGAAGGAGGGUCAGAGAUGUUUGUUUACAAGCAGGCCUUUAAGACUGCUGACAUGGGGCUGACAGAAAACAUCGGGGACAGCGGACUCUGCUUCGAGUUGUGGUUUCGGCGGCGGCGUGCACGAGAGGCAUAUACUCUGCAGGCAACCUCACCAGAGAUCAAACUCAAGUGGACAAGUUCUAUUGCCCAGCUGCUGUGGAGACAGGCAGCCCACAACAAGGAGCUCCGAGUGCAGCAGAUGGUGUCCAUGGGCAUUGGGAAUAAACCCUUCCUGGACAUCAAAGCCCUUGGGGAGCGGACGCUGAGUGCCCUGCUCACUGGAAGAGCCGCCCGCACCCGGGCCUCCGUGGCCGUGUCAUCCUUUGAGCAUGCCGGCCCCUCCCUUCCCGGCCUUUCGCCGGGAGCCUGCUCCCUGCCUGCCCGCGUCGAGGAGGAGGCCUGGGAUCUGGACGUCAAGCAAAUUUCCCUGGCCCCAGAAACACUUGACUCUUCUGGAGAUGUGUCCCCAGGACCAAGAAACAGUCCCAGCCUGCAACCCCCCCACCCUGGGAGCAGCACUCCCACCCUGGCCAGUCGAGGGAUCUUAGGGCUAUCCCGGCAGAGCCAUGCUCGAGCCCUGAGCGACCCCACCACGCCUCUGUGACCUGGAGAAGAUCCAGAACUUGCCUGCAGCUUCUCCUCUCAGCACACUUUGGGCUGGGAUGGCAGUGGGGCAUAAUGGAGCACUGGGCGAUCACUGAAUUUCUUCCCUCUGCUUCCUGGACACAGAGGAGGUCUAAGGACCAGAGUAUUGCCCUGCCAUCACUAUCUCUAGUCCCCCUAGCUUGGUGCCUUCUCCUGCAGGAGCCAGAGCAGCCACAUUGCUUGCCUUCAUACCCUGGAGGUGGGGAAGUUACCCCUCUUCCAGUGCUUUCCCAUCCUGGGCCACUGUAUCCAGGACAUCACUCCCAUGCCAGCCCUCCCUGGCAGCCCAUGUUCUCCUCUUUUCUCACCCCUUGACUUUCCCUGAGAAGAAUCAUCUGUGCCAGGUCAACUGGAGUUCCCGGUGACUCCAUUCUGAGGUGUCACAAGAAAUGAAGCUAUGCAAACUAUAUAAUAGGAGGGUGCAACAGGGAACUGUAGACUUUAUAUAUGUAAUUACUGUUAUUAUAAUACUAUUGUUAUAUUAAAUGUAUUUACUCACACUUUGCCUCCAAGGAGCUAGAGUAGUCCUCUGGAUUAAGGUGAUAAAUAACUUGAGCACUUUCCCUCAACCAGCCCUUAACUAGAACACAGAAAAUAAAACCAAGACUGGAAGGUCCCCUGUACCCUUCCCAGGCCCAGAGCUGACUAUGUGUGAGCCUGGGAGAAUGUGUCUCCUCCACAGUGGCUCCCAGAGGCUCCAGACACUCUCUGAGGCUCCUUCUCCCACACAGCACCUACUCCUUGAGGCUGAACUGGUCACAGACAAAUGGGGAUCCAGCACCGUCCAGCAGUUCUCAAAAUGAGGCCCUCAGGCCACAGUGUGUGAGAACGUGAUUGGCUAUUUGUUAAAUGCUAAUUCUUGGACCCCAUCAGAGCUGCUGCAUUGAAACCUGGGGGUGAAAUCCAAUAUUCUGCAUCUCUUGUCAAACUCUUUGGGUGAUAACUAAAUAUCUGAAGAGGUGAUUAUUUCCUGACAGAAGGGCCCAAAGAGAGGAGCAGGACAUAGGUAGGCAGACAGACACGGGGCCCUGUGCCUCACGACACCUGUUUAUUGGGGACACGACUCUGCAACAGGGAUGACAGGAAUCGUACCAAAAAUAGCGACGUCUACAGGGCCCCUGAUGGGGCUAGAAGGGUACAGUGCUCCCCACCCUCACCCCUUGUACAAAAAUAAACUCUCACGCCUAUGGACCAGCAAA